UGCUCAAAGUACUCAUUCUGUACAGGAAGUGGAAAUUUAGUGUUUCUGCUGAAAGCGGCGAGUGAUUUUCUUUAUCGCUUCAAUCUUCUGGCAAUGUAGUGAUUUUCUUUAUUGAUAAAAUUCUUUUAGGACAUACAAAAUUCACUUAACUAUAUAUAAAUAUGGAUGCCAGUGCUUUUAAAGCUACAAAGAAUUUGAUCAAACACUACUCUGAUCAUGCAUUGCAAUCUUACGAGAGCCGGCGAAAGAAAAUAAUUAAUCUACUCAAUAAAAAAUUAUGCCCCGAAGAAGGUUGGGAAGACUCCGAGAUAGAAACAUUUUUGCAUGAGCUUGCAAUGAUGGACAGUAAUAAUUUUUUGGGUAGUUGUGGUGUUGGAGAAAGGGAAGCUAGAUUCGCAUCAAAAAUCGUUGCCCGUCGGCAUUAUUAUAUGGGUCAUGGUAUCGGCAGAUCUGGUGAUAUAACAGAAAUACAACCUAAAGCUGCCGGUUCCAGUCUUAUUGGACUAUUAUCCAAUUUUAUGGUUUUGGAUUUAUUGAAAUCAAUUGGAGUACCAAGUUUGCAAAAAUGUAUCAUAGUGCCUUUAGCUACCGGUAUGGGUAUUUUAUUAUGCCUUCGAACACUUCACAGCCUUAGACCAAAGUCAAAAUUCGUUUUAUGGCCAAGACUAGACCAGAAAUCCUGUUUUAAAUGCAUAGUUACAGCUGGUUUUACACCAGUAAUUAUAGAAAAUGUUAGUGCUGAGGAUGGUUUGAUUGGUUCGCUGGAUGAAAUUCAAAACACAGUUGAAAAGGUAGGUCCGGAAAAUAUUGUAUGCAUACUGAGUACGGUAUCGAGUUUUGCACCUAAAGUUCCUGAUGACAUUACGGGUAUAGCAAAAUUGUGCAAGUCGUAUGAUAUUCCUCAUCUUAUAAACAAUGCUUAUGGCAUCCAAUGUCCUCAGUAUUUAAGUACUAUUGAGCUUGCAGCCAAGGAUAGAGUUGAUUUGUUUGUUUCCAGUACAGAUAAGAACUUUAUGGUUCCUGUUGGUGGUUCAAUUAUUUGCGGAUUUAAUAAGAAAACGGUAGAACUGGUUGGGAAAAUGUACCCAGGUCGUGGAUCAGGUGCGCCUUCUACUGAUUUAUUUAUCACUUUAUUAAACAUUGGCAAAAAAGGAUACAUAAAACUUUUAGAUGAAAGAGAAAGGAAUUUUUUGUACUUAAAGUCUGCUCUUGGCGAAGUAGCAGAUGAAUAUGGUGGUAAAGUUCUUGUAACACCAGGAAAUAAACUUUCUGUGGCUUUUGCUUUUUCCCAACUUGAAUCUUUGCAUCAUAAACUUUUUACUGAAAUAGGAUCUAUGCUGUUUUCGAAAUUUGUUAUGGGAUCGCGGCUUGUUGCCCCUGGGGAUCAUAAAACUAUAUGUGGCUUUGAAUUUAAAAAUUGGGGAUCUCACACUAAUGAAAGUUUUGUGGGUUAUCUGACUGCAUCCGCAACUAUUGGUGUUGAAAGGAAGGAUAUUGACAACUUUAUAAAGCAUUUUAAAAUUACUCUCCAUAAAGUGCAAAAACAAGUGAACUUAAAAGUUCUGUGUGAAAAUUAUAAAACUGUUUCUCAGCCAGAUUGUUCUUAGAACAUUUGAAAAAUUUCUGACAAAGAAAUUGUGUUCAUUUGUAAAAUUAUUUAAGCAUAUUUAUUUAUUGUUAAGAAAUGUAUUUAUUUUCCUUUAGAUAAUUAUUUAUUUUGUAUUCAGGAGCAGAGUUACAUAGUUAAAGAAAAGAAGUGAAUACAAUUUUAUUCCACACUAUAUUAGGAGAUGGAACAAUAGAUUUUCUAGAGUUGUAUUUUGUAAUCAAUUUUAUUUAUUGUUUUUCUUAUUUCUUCUUGCAGUAACUCUGAAGCUCUUAGGCUGUUAAUUAUUUAUAUAUAUUUACAAAUUAUUUUAUAUUAACAGAGUUCAUUCUGGGUGGGUUUUGCUGGCGUGCCACCCUGUUUGCCAUUUAAGCAAAAAAUGUGCACCCUCCAUACCCUUUAAACGUGAUGACAAGUCCAAAUUGUUCAUUAAAAAAAUUGUCUAUUCAUGUUUUUUUCUUCUUUUUUUUGUAAAUCAAUCUGGUUUUUGAAAAGUUUUUUUGCUGUUUUUCUUUCGUUUUUUAUUUAAUAUGUUAUUAUGAUUUAUUAAUACAUUAUUACGACUUUCAAAUUUCAGAUAUCACUUUUUUUUAAUGAGAUCAUUUUGUUUCGAUUCCAACAUGAUUUUACUAUUCCGAUGAUAGAUUUUCAGAAGUUAUUUAUCAAUUUUCGGCUCCUUUUUCUUGAUUUUUCAAAUUCCAAUAUUUUUAAUAUGAUGUUAUUAACAAUGUUCGAAUUUGAGUUACCUCUUUUUGAUGUGUUCAAUUCAUAAUGAUUCCAUUGAAACUUUGCAUUGCUGAAUGAUAUAUUUCUGUUUAUCAUUUUUCUGCCUUUGCCUCACAGUUUUUAAAAUUUCUAUAUUUUUAAAUACAUUAUUAGGAAGUAAGACAUUUUUCAACCGUUUCCACUUAUCUUUUUCUAAAUCUGAUAUUCUUUAUAUGAUGUUAUUAUGAAAAGCGUGUAUUUCGAAGUUAAAGAGUCAUAUUUUGACGUGUUUGAUUCGCAACAAUUUUACUGUAAACCAUGAUGCUUAUUGAUAGUUUGUUUUUUUCCCUCAGCUAUUUCCACAUAGUUUUUUCAAUACCGAUAUUUUUAAUAUGAUAUGGCUGGCAAAUUUCAUAUUUUAGUUAUAACUUCUUAAAACUUGAUACAUGACAAUUUCAUCAUAAAAACAUUAAAAAUAGUCAUUACAGUUACUUAUCAGUUUUCUCAGCUAUUUUGACAUUGUUUUUAAAAUCCUAAUAUUUUUUACUACAUUAAUAUUUCAAUCUGCAUCAUUUUAAAAAAAUGAGAGGAUUUCGCUUAUUUUAAAACAGAUUUGUAGUAUGUGCUAAUUUAACUGAGAAAUUAUUUUAAAAUCAAACAAUUACUUUGAAAAUUAAGAACUUUAUACAUUUCUGGGUUUCUUAAAAGCAAUGCAAAUUUUUGUGUAAUACUGAGCCCUUCUCUUUGUAAUGAGUUGCCCAGUUUCAAGCAUCCUGCCCUUUUUAAUGUCUAGAAUGAACCUGGUAUUACUAUAAAGAAAAAUUUAACUGGGUUUUCAAUUGUGCCCCAACACUAUUUUUGAAAUCAUAUAAUAUGAAUAGUAAUAACUUGUAAAAUAUUAUCUGAAAUUAUAAUUGAAUUAGAAAUCAUAUAAUUUGAAUAUUAAUAACAUGCAAAAUAUUAUCUGAAACUAGAAAUCUCUUGAGCUGAUUAUUUUUGGUUCUCAAGAAAUCCAGUAUAACAUAUAUUCUGAUUAUCCUUAACUAUAGCUCCGAUUUUCAAGUGUAAACAAAAAUAUUUUUGGCACUCCCCUACAUUAAGAAUAAUGAUAAAUAUGUAUGGAGUAAAAAAAAUUUUAUUCAUAAUUUUAAAAAUAAGUCAGUCUACGAACUUUAUUAUUUUUAUAUAUAUAAAUAAAAAUGCGGUACAAACUACUUAUAUUAUAUAAUGUACUUUUAUUUAAAUUCGAUGGAGCGAAAAAAUGUCCUACCCUAAGCAAUUUCAGAACAGCAAUUAAAAUAUUAGAUAUCUAUAUUAUAUUUGCAUUUUUUAUCUACUUAUCAUUUAUGCCUGGUAUUCUGAAAUAAAAAGAAAGUAUUGUUUGCACACAAUUGUAAAUCUUACUAUUUAUACUUUGAAAUUAUUUUAUUUGAUAUUGAUCAAAAAAAUUGGGUAAUAAGGUAUAACAUUUUAUCUUGCUUCAUAAUAUAACAUGUUGAAAUAUAAAACAUGAACAAAAUAUUGCCAAAAAUUCAAAUUUUCUCAAAUGUAUACACAUUGAAUUAUUGAGAUGUAUAGAGAUGUUUCAUUCAAAAAUUUCUUUCCUUGAUUAUGUGAAUUCACUGCUAAAUAUUUAUUAUAAAAAAAAAAUUUCUAUUAUAUUUCUUUAGUACAUUUCUUUAUAUUAUUCAUCACCCAUAUUCAGGAUUUUUUUUAUGGAUUGUUUCGCACAACACGUCUUCAAUAAUUGUGUAAAAUUUAAUGAAUAGUAGCACUAUUUCAAUCACC